AUUGUAUAAAGACGAAAAACUGUUGCGCCUUUGAAAAGUUACAAUGGACUUAGUAAAAGUGUUGAGAACUGCGUUUACCUUUAUAUAUAAGAAAGCCCAGCUGUGGGCUGUAGGUGGAUGCCUUAGUGUUGUUGCACUUGGACUUGGAUAUCGUUUUUUCCUAAAAUCGAAGAGAGUUACCCGCGUAGGCGUUGUGUCACAGCUCCUAAUUCAUCCAUUGAAGUCGGGUAAAGCUGUUUCCGUUGCCCUAGCAGAAUGUCAGCAGAUUGGUUUGAAAUACGGUGAACUUCGAGAUAGGCACUGGAUGGUAAUAACUGAGGAUGGCCACAUGGUGACAGGGAGGCAGGAGCCUCGUCUGGUACUUGUGUCAUUGACCAGUGAGGGGGGACAGAUGUGUUUGAAUGGACCUGACAUGGAGAAGCUCAGGUUCCCCCUAAUUCAGCCCGAGAACCCCAUUAUCGAUUGCAGGGUGUUUAGCAGCGACAUCCAAGGCAGGGACUGUGGUGACGAAGUGUCUAGAUGGCUAACCCGUUGCCUAGUUUCGGAGAAAACCUUUCGAAUGGUGCACUAUGAGCCCCACAUGAAGCCCAGAAAGCCGGCAGAGACAGAGUUUCUCUAUCCUCAAAGUGAAAAGGUUGCAUAUCCCGACAGUGGUGCAGUGAUGUUGCUGUCUGAAGCGUCUGUGAAAGACCUGAGCAGCAGGUUGGAAAACGAUGUCACGGUUGCACGAUUCCGACCAAACAUUGUUGUUAGCGGUUGCGACGCAUUCGAUGAGGAUUCCUGGGACGACAUCCAGAUUGGCAACGUGCAGAUGCGCCGCGUGAUGGCGUGUGGAAGGUGCAUCUUCACCACAGUCGACCCUGAAACAGGAGUCAUGAGCAGGAAACAGCCACUGGAAAUGCUGAAAAGCUACAGAAUGUGUGACGAAGCCGAGAAACAUAUCUAUAAGACAGCGCCGCUGUUUGGACAGAUGUUUUCCAUCAGCAAGGACGGUAUCCUCCAGGUCGGUGAUGUAGUGUACAAGAUAAGCCACUGAGAUGGAUGGAAGAUGCCAGAGUCUCAGCAUGUUUGUGCCAAUUUAUGUUAAUGUUUUUUUGGGUCAGGGAAGUGGUUUAAAAUAAAGACCUUUUGCUGUUAGACCACUAGGUUGCAUGCUGCAGCAGAACAUGUCCACUAGACCGCCAGUCCUCCCUAGGCGACACAUUGGUCAAUUUAUUGUCAUAUUCAGCAUUACAAAGACAAUGUGGUGGGCCCAAGCAGAUCUGGAACCAGGCUAUGGAAGAAAUGCUUAAGUGAAUCAGUUCAUAGCCUUUCUUGUAACCAGAUUAAGAUGAAUACAUGUUGUAUAAUUUCAAAUUCACACUGACAAUGUAACCAUAUGUCUACACUUUUCUGAGCAUCAAGAACAGAUGAAAAAAAUUAAAAUAAAGCUUUAUUUGAACAUG